UUUCUUAGGUCUUUCUUCCUUAUGUCGGUACUACGUUAGGUUUCAUUUGAUUCCGGUGACAAAAUGAAGUUGAACAUCGCCUAUCCUGCUACAGGAGCUCAGAAAAUUAUUGAAGUUGAUGAUGACAUUAAAUUGCGAAACUUCUAUGAAAAGCGUAUGGCUCAGGAAGUGAAUGCCGAGUGCUUAGGAGAUGAAUGGAAGGGUUAUGUUGUUCGUAUCAGCGGAGGAAAUGAUAAGCAAGGUUUCCCCAUGAAGCAAGGUGUAAUGACCAAUGGCAGGGUGCGUCUUCUUUUGUCUAAAGGCCAGUCAUGUUAUAGGCCAAGGAAAACUGGUGAGCGAAAAAGGAAAUCUGUACGUGGCUGUAUUGUGGAUUCCCAGUUGAGUGUGCUCAAUCUAGUGAUUGUCAAAAAAGGCGAGCAAGAAAUUCCAGGUGUGACUGAUCGUGUUGUGCCAAGGAGAUUGGGUCCUAAACGAGCCAACAAGAUCAGAAAGUUGUUCAAUCUGAGUAAAGAAGAUGAUGUCCGACAGUAUGUGAUCCGUCGACCACUUCCUGUUAAAGAAGGAAAGAAGCAACAGUCAAAGGCACCAAAGAUACAGAGAUUGGUGACACCGCAGAGAUUGCAACGGCGAAGACGUUUGAUGGCGGAUAAACGAAAGCGUGCCCAGAAAAAUAGAGAGGAACAAGCUGAAUAUCAUAAGUUGUUAGCUAAACGGGCCAAGGAAUCACGAGAGAAGCGCCAAGAAUUGCUGGCCAAGAGACGACAAUCUAGUGUAAGGGAAUCUAAGAGUGAAAAAUAAUCUGUAGAUCGCAUAUAUAUAUUUGUGAAUAAAACACAGAUUAAACAACUUA